UCACUGCCUGCACAGCUCCGACCGCCUGGCUCCCCGUGCUAGCCACCGAUAUUUGGAGUUCUUACAACAUGGCAGACGUUGACAACAAAGAACAGUCUGAACUUGAUCAAGAUUUGGAAGAUGUUGAAGAAGUAGAAGAAGAAGAAACUGGUGAAGAAACAAAAAUCAAAGCGCGUCAGCUGACUGUUCAGAUGAUGCAAAAUCCUCAGAUUUUUGCAGCCCUUCAAGAAAGACUUGAUGGUCUGGUAGAAACACCAACAGGAUACACUGAAAGCUUGCCUAGGGUAGUUAAAAGAUGAGUGAAUGCUCUCAAAAAUCUUCAAGUUAAAUGUGCACAGAUAGAAGCCAAAUUCUAUGAGGAAGUUCAUGGUCUAAAAUAUGCUGUUCUCUAUCAGCCUCUAUUUGAUAAGCGAUUUGAGAUCAUUAAUGCAAUUUAUGAACCUACGGAAGAAGAAUGUGAAUGGAAACCAGAUGAGGAGGAUGAAAUUUUGGAGGAGCUGAAAGAAAAAGCCAAGAUUGAAGAUGAAAAAAAGGAUGAAGAAAAAGAAGACCCCAAGGGAAUUCCUGAAUUCUGGUUGAGUUUUAAGAACGUUGACUUGCUCAUUGAUAUGGUUAAGGAACAUGAUGAACCUAUUUUGAAGCACUUGAAAGAUAUUAAAGUGAAGUUCUCAGAUGCUGGCCAGCCCAUGAGUUUUGUCUUAGAAUUUCACUUUGAACCCAAUGAAUAUUUCACAAAUGAAGUGUUGACAAAGACAUAUGGGAUGAGGUCAGAACCAGAUGAUUCUGAUCCCUUUUCUUUCGAUGGGCCAGAAAUUAUGGGUUGUACAGGGUGCCAGGUAGAUUGGAAAAAAGGAAAGAAUGUCACUUUGAAAACCAUUAAGAAGAAGCAGAAACACAAGGGAUGUGGGACAGUUUGUACUGUGACCAAAACAGUUUCCAGUGACUCUUUCUUUAAUUUUUUUGCCUCUCCUGAAGUUCCUGAGAGUGGAGAUCUGGAUGAUGCUGCUGAAGCUAUCCUUGCUGCAGACUUUGAAAUUGGUCACUUCUUACGUGAGCGUAUAAUCCCAAGAUCAGUGUUAUACUUUACUGGAGAAACUAUCGAAGAUGAUGAUGAUGAUUAUGAUGAAGAAGGUGAAGAAGCAGAUGAGGAAGGGGAAGAAGAAAGAGAUGAGGAAAAUGAUCCAGACUAUGACUCAAAGAAGGAUCAAAACCCAGCAGAGUGCAAGCAGCAGUGAAGCAGGAUGGUUUACCUUCUGCUCCCCUGGAAAAGAUGACUUUACAUCAUUUGACAAGCCUAUUUCAAGUUUCUUUGUCGUUAUUGUUUGUUUGCUUUUUUUUUGUUUUUGCAGCCUCAAAUAAAAAUGUCAAAUAUAAUUUUAAAAAAA